CUCCUGGCAGCCAGGAUGCAAGUUUGAAACAACAAGCUUCAGAUCAAACAUGAUUAGUGUGGGCAGGCUGCCUAACUUCUCCAUGUAUGAGCCGUGCAUGAGAUCAUUUCUGUGCGUUUGCGUGAGUGGGAGGGGUGGACUUUUAGUGUACUGGCACCUGAUGCAUGCACUCCACUCUCUGCAAUCCACAGAUGUAUAAAUCAGUCAUGCCUUUACACAUUUGGAUGAAUGUAUGUUCAUGUUUUUCCUGCAGCAGCCGAAUAUAUCCUAAAUGCGUCUGUGCGUAAAUGUAUUACGCACCACGUGUGUGUUCUUAUAAAGCUGCCUGUUAAAGAAUAUUAUUUUUUUUUUGUCGUACACAUGGAUCAUCUGUGACAGCUUUGCCCCUUCGCUCCGCGUCCUUGCCGGUGCGCGCCGGGCUCGGGCAAUGUUGCCUAGUUUUCUGGUUGCGUGGAAACUAAAAAGGCUGCGCUGAGCUCUGAAGUGCAGGAGCAUUUCCAGUGGCGCGUCGUUGUUGCCAGAGCGGCUCUCGGCACAAGUUUAACGAGCUGCAAGAGGACUUUAAUGGAAACCAACCAAAAUAUUGGCCGAGCCGCUUAUUGUGGAGCGAACUGAUCUGCUGGACGAUUUUAUUUUUGGGUGCUUAAAAAAACACAUGGAAGGAAGAGGAAAAGCGGCAAAGACGUUCAGUACUUACGGGGGAGGUUGAUGUGGACUUCAGCGCUCAGUCCAGGUGGUCCUCCCUGGAGCAUGCCCGUAUCCCACAAUGCCCCUGCUUGCAGACUGGCUACUACGCCACUCAGUGGUCAUGUGUUUGCUGCUGCACAGUUUGGUGCUAAUGACCUUCUGCUUCCAUCAUGCUGCCACUAGUUGCUCCAAGAGCUGCUACUGCUCUGAGAGCGAGAGCGGCGGCAAGACGGUGCGCUGCAGCAAUCUGCAGCUCACCGAGAUCCCGCAGGACAUCCCCAACGACACACGACGUGUCUACCUGGACUUCAACCUCUUCACCACAGUACCAACAAACGCCUUUGCAGGUUUACAACACCUGGUUGAACUGGACCUAUCGCAUAAUGAGUUAAGCCAGCUGGAACCAGGUGCAUUCAGAGGCCUCGGCUCCUCUCUGCAGUUCCUAGACCUGUCUUCAAACAAGUUAGUAAACUUUAACGCGGAGGCCUUCGAGGGCCUGCGAGCUCGCGCCAAUCUAACAAACAAUCCAUGGCACUGUGACUGCAAUUUGCAGAUGGCCAUGCCCCGUGUGGACCUGGAGCCUGCAUCGCUGACAGGCAUUGUGUGCCAGACUUCUGAUCCUGAGGAAAAUGAAGUUAAAGGACUUGCUUUCCUGUUGGCACCAGACAUAGACCUGUGUGUGGCGAUGAAGAGGACUACAGACGUGGCCAUGCUGGUUGUCAUGUUCGGCUGGUUCACCAUGGUCAUCUCCUACCUGGUCUACUACGUCAGGGCUAACCAGGAGGAUGCUCGCAGACACCUGGAGUAUCUCAAGUCGUUGCCCAGCAGACAGGGCAAGUCAGAGGAGUCUUCCACCAUUAGUACUGUGGUAUAGUGCUGACGGAGCUACACAUGGGAACUGAAGUGAUAUCUCACAAUGAACAGGACUGAGGUAACCACAGGGUCAUCAUCUGUCUCAGUUUUGCCCAGCUGUCGUCAUGGAGCCAAGCUGGGCAAUAAAACAUGUGCCUGCACAAGGAACCCAGGCAGAUGCAACCCAGCCCGGAUGAAUAAUUCAUAUUUCAGCAAUCCAUUAGGAGUUUUUGUUGGAUGAGUUGAUGGUCUGGUCUUUCUGUGACGGGAGUAAAAGCAGUGUCUUUGGUGAACUCCAGAUAUGGGAUACAAAUGGGAUUUAUUCAGUGGUGCAUGUACCUUGAUGCACCUCUCAUACGCAGACAGUUCGGGAGGCAACGUCAAACAGCAAUAUGAACAGUGGGACAACAGUAGAAUGGAGGCAACAGUAGAACGAGAAACUAUGUGCAACUGUUUUCCAUUAAAAUCCUUAUGGUAUUCACCAAUAUAGUGUAAGUAAAAUGAUGUUUUCCAUUUAAA